AUGAAGGCUGAAAGUGAAUGUAGCAAUGUGCUGUCAGGUAGAAAUGCAGCGUUGGAGAUAUCUGUACAGAAUGACAAGUCUCCGAGACGCUCAACAAGCCGAUCAAGUAACAUAUCAAAGGCAAGUAGUCCAACAGGUACAGCUCCCAGGAGCCAGUCACGUACAUCUGUUAGCCUGUCUACUCAGGAUAUUUGCAGGAUCUGCCACUGUGAAGGCGACGAUGAUAGUCCACUCAUCACACCUUGCCGUUGCACAGGAACAUUACGCUUUGUACACCAGGCCUGCCUCCACCAGUGGAUCAAGAGCUCUGACACACGCUGCUGCGAACUCUGUAAAUAUGACUUCAUAAUGGAGACAAAACUCAAACCACUACGGAAGUGGGAAAAGCUGCAGAUGUCAACAAGUGAGAGAAGGAAGAUUGUCUGCUCCGUCACCUUCCACAUUGUGGCUAUCACGUGUGUUGUGUGGUCCUUGUAUGUCCUGAUAGACCGAACAGCAGAGGAGAUCAAACAGGGUAAUGACAAUGGUGUUCUGGAAUGGCCUUUUUGGACAAAACUGGUUGUCGUCGCCAUUGGAUUUACUGGAGGCCUUGUCUUCAUGUAUGUGCAGUGUAAAGUCUACUUUCAGUUGUGGAGAAGGCUGAAGGCGUAUAACCGAGUCAUCUUUGUACAGAACUGCCCAGACAUUGAAAAGAAAAUGGAUGACAAGAACACUUCAAAUAGUCAAAACUCUGGAAAUAGAGAGAGUGUAACUGUGCCAGUGUCACAGACAGAAACAACCUUACAGCGCUCACCAGAGGUACAGGUUGGCAUUCCUGAAGUUGCACCAGUGUGA